GGGGCCAGGGCCCCUCGCCGUGCUGACGCGCUGGGCGGUGUGGGGUGAAGCUGGUGGCGGGCGGUGGCUGUGGUGACUGACAUCCGACUCGAUGUGGUCACACCCAGGACCCGGGGUCUGGGCACAGCAUCUGAUGUGACAGACCAGGGUCUGUUUUUAUUCAGAUGUUACAAACCUAGCGAAGAGCUUUUGCUGCAGAAUUGGUCUUUUGUCCGCUUGGAAUACAGCGGGAGUGUCUGUGUGUGUAAUGAGAGGGGCUUUAGGCGUGCGUGUGUGUGUGUGUGUGUGUGUGUGUGUGUGUGCGCGUGCAGUGGCUGAAAGCAGGAGGGGCUGCAGAGUGGGCGCUGCCUGGGAGGGUCUUUACAUUUGAGUGACACAAGACAAACCUGAACCUUGGCUGUGAACACACCGUGAUGGGGAAACAGGGACUUCAAGUGGGCAACCAGGAGAAAGCCGCGUUUAACACAAGCGAAAAGGGCUCCUGCGGGGGCCCGCUCUGCUUUCCAUAGACUUACUCUCUGUGAGGUGAGCAGUCGUUUCAGGGGUGGGAGCUGCUUCCUCUGGGACGGUCGUAGGUGGGGCGGGGCAGGUCCGUGAGUGAGCCUGCGAGGAAAGGAGACCUUGUGAGUGUGUGCCCUCCCCCUCCCGUCUCAGGCGUGGGAUGAUGUCGUCCGCAAGGAGAAGCCCAAGGAGGACGCGUUCGAAUAUAAGAAGCGGCUAACGCUGGACCACGAGAAGAGCAAGCUGAGCCUCGCGGAAAUAUACGAGCAGGAAUACAUCAAGCUCAGCCAGCAAAAAACAGAAGAAGAAGAAAACCCAGAGCACGUGGCCAUCCAGAAGAUGAUGGACGCCCUCUUCUUAAAGCUGGACGCCCUCUCCAACUUCCACUUCAUCCCCAAACCCCCCGUUCCGGAGAUUAAAGUUGUGUCCAACCUGCCGGCCAUCACCAUGGAGGAGGUCGCCCCCGUGAGCGUCAGCGACGCGGCUCUCCUGGCCCCAGAGGAGGUCAAGGAAAAAAAUAAAGCUGGAGAUAUAAAAACCGCUGCUGAGAAAACAGCCACAGACAAGAAGCGAGAAAGGCGGAAAAAGAAACUGAGGAAGCACAUGAAACUGAAGGAGAAGGAGAAGCGCAGGAGACUCCUGGAGAAGAGCAGCGCCCAGCCCGCGGGGAAGCUCAGCAAGGCCUCGGCUUCGGAGCAGCUCAGGCAGCUGACCAGAGCCGGCAAAGCCUCGCUGCUGAAGGAUGAAGGUAAAGACAGAGCCUUAAAGUCCUCUCAAGCUUUCUUUUCUAAGUUACAAGACCAAGUGAAAAUGCACAUCAGCGAUGCAAAGAAGACAGAAAAGAAAAAGAAGCAGCGACAGGACCUUUCUGUCCAUAAAUUAAAGCUGUGAUGUACUUGGACUAUAAUGUAAAUAUGAAUGUGAGUUUAUAUUCAGUCACCGUUCUGUUUUAUAAAUAAAGUUUUUUGAGAACUCUG